UAUCGAUAUAUAAGGAAGAAGAAGGAUAUUUUGCAAAUGUCUGCCAUGACAGAAAUUCCUCAAAACUUGAAAGUCUUCUCAGGCUCUACACAACUCAACACUGAUGUCUCGCUGUCGAAAUCCCUGCCACAACCCUGAGGCGUCGUUUGUGGGCGUGGCCUGUCCAGCUCUAUAGCUAUAUGUCGUCUUUAUAGCUAGCUUACGCAAAUUAAUUGACAAAGUAAUCAGUGUGAAGCUUGGUUCUUCCUCAACUCCUUGUGUUUUGUCUGUUUGGUAUAAAGUACCAAAGAUGUCCACAGAUCAUCAGGUCCAUACGGUCACAUUUCAUGGUGACCUUCUCAUCUUUCAAUGCAAGCACCCGAGCCCGAAAGCCUCCGAGGUCACGUUCUGCCGUGUGUCCUUCAACCGGGACUCAGGCACCUUCACAAACAAAGAUGAUGAAGUAAUUCCCAUGUAUAAAAACACCUCAAGAGCGGUUAGUAUCGUCCGCUGCGCCACUGCCUUGAACGCGAGGACGAGGCAGAGAGUCCCGUGGGUGUUGCUAAGGCUUCACACGAAAGCAUCUCAAGGGUUUAAGUACAUGCUUUACUCCUUGACCGGUAAAACACAUGCAAAACUACACGCAGAAUUCUCAUGGUCUUAUGAGAUAGGAGAAGAUGUCUCCAUUUUGCGCGGACCCACUUUGGUCUGGAGUCACCAGGACGUUGUUUUCUACAUGUCUGCGGAAACUGGUGGCGUGAAGGAAGUCCCGAUGCGUCUCAGGAUCAACUUUAUCGGCGAGUUGCCCCUUCCUCAAAAACACUUGGCAGUUCUUGGUUCAGGAAAGACAACAGAACAGGACGGGGAAGAUAAACCUCUUCUUUAUUUGUUAGAGGAUGGCAGAACUUUUGACGCUGAUCGUCUUUUACCCGCCGCCUACAGUGCAGUUGUCCAACGUAUGCUGGUGCCUUCAGCGCAGGCAGUAGAUGGAUCACUUGGAUCCACUGUGGUAGCUGUUACCUCUCAGAAACAGCUGGUGUGGUUUGAGAACGGACUUCCGGAAGAAGUGUGUCCGCUCCCAUACGACGAGCCGCAGAGCGUUCGAUUGGUUCAUACGGGAAGCGGCUGUCUCGUCGUUGUCGUCUUUGGGCAUGGAAAUGUCUGUGCCGUGUGGAAGGAUAGCUUCAAGGUGGCUGCGUGCUGGACAGAUGUGCUUCUCUUUCUUGUGGAUGAUUUCAUAGGGGCGGGGUUUGAGCAGAUGUUGCUGGUUUUUGAAGAAAUCGACUUAGCAGACGGAACCCUGGGGAAAUUCCUCCUGACGGACCUCGCCGGUGUCUUUUACUCGCACGGAGGACCAGAGGGUGGAGACGGACACCGGUGCGAGACGGCAGAAGAAAACAUGACCUUAACAAUUCAGGCUCUAGAGGCCAGACUCCGGAGUGGUUUGGUGUUCCUCCAGGAGCUCCGGAGAGACUUGUGUGUUAAAGAUCGUGUCAUCCAGCAGUGUGUCUCCGCUCUCCGUGACCUUUUAUCAGACAGGAAGUUCACCACGUCUCCGGCGCCGCAGGAGGGACUGGUGUCUCUGCUGGACGACCAGAGCGAGGAGGACGAGUGCGCCCCCACCUGUGUGAGGAGGGAAAUGACUUUUAUUGAGAGUCUCCCGAAAGUGGAGCGAGUCUGGCACAGAGUCAUUGCAGAGACACUGGUGUUUGGGGCGCUUCUAACACCAGCCAAUCAAACGGUGGAAUCUGACAGCGUCGUGAUGACGGCUGCUAUCGUAGCCACGCCCACUAUGGUUCAAAGUCUGAACAAAACCCUUUGCUACCCCGAACCCUUGACCUCCGCGACCUCCGGACCCCCAGAUGCUAAAAGGAGCAAGUUCCCUAGCGGUACAGCCAUACUCCUUACCACUGACCUUGCCACGUUGUUGACCUCUGACCCCGAUAAGUGCUCUGUUCUGCUGUGCUUUUCUACCAGCGACGCAGGAAGUGCGGCUCCGCGUUGUGAAUUAGUGCGCUUAGAUUUAAAGGGGGCGCUAGAGGGCAAAUUUCAGCCGCGGCUCCUGGAGGACUGCAGCCUCGACUCGGACAAGUCCAGGGAGGACCUGCUGAGUCUGAUGGCAGCGUCCCAGUUUUGGGGUUUUCACAUCGUGAGUACCGAUCGCACCGUGGUGGACGUGUCGAAGUUUCUGGAGGAGAAGUUCAGAGCUAAACGUGUCCAGAUCAGCCCACAGUAUCUCCUGAGUGGGUCCACACACCCAUCCAGAGCGUCCAUGCUGUUCCACUGGAAACCAUGUAGCUCCUUCAACGGAACCUUGGACGUCUACUCCAGCGAUCAUCUGGGUUUGCUUGGUUUCCUUGACUCUUUCUGCAACUUCCUUCCUUCUUCUCAUCAUAUUACACUCCUCCGAACCGGGCAGGGCAGAACCAAAAGCCCCGCCCUCUUUAUGGAGCAUGAGAUACUCAUGAUUAAAGAAGGCGUGGCCGAGCUGAUCCACGGCGGCGUGAAGGAGCCGAGCGAGGUUCUGGGCGCUCACGUACGUCCUGAGCGGUGGCUAAAAGAAAGGAGCGCUCAGCUCCGCCCUCUUGUGGAGGGAAAGCGUUAUCAGCGGAUGGUGGAAAGAGCGAUUGACCUUAAGAUGGCGAGCGACGUUGCGGUCCUCGUGGAGGCGGAGCUAAAUGGGAGUCGGAAUGAAUAAAUCGCACUCCAGGGUGCAGCUCGUUACAGUUGUGUAAUUAAAGCGCUUUGUUUUGUGAAAGUCGUUAAUUAGCAGCACUCUCCAUCCGCUAUCACUGCUAAUGAAGCUAACGACUAGCCAAGGAUGGGAAAUCUGAAUGUCGCGCGUGUAGAUGAUGUAUUAUAUCAGUGCUGUGUGUAUUUAUUGGUUUAUUGUGAAUUAAUGUACAUGUACUGUAGUCUUUAAUAAACAAAAACAGAAGUGUGGUCA